AAAAGCCGGCUCAGAAUGAAAACAAUUAUAAGCAAAACAAAAAAACUGAAUAAAACUUAUCUUUUCAAAUACAUUAUUGGUAUUGACACGGAAUGAAUUAAUAGUUGUUCAUUGUAUUGUGAUAAUACUUUUACACACAUUUGAUGCUUUCACACUUAAGGAAAACUAAUAUAUUUCUCUCUUUACGAUUUUGCAGUACUAUUUCAUCGAGUGUUAGUUCUAAAAUUGCGGGAAAAAUGAAUGCAGUCUGUCGUAAAUCAGCUGUUUACCCUGUUGAGCGGUUUACAUUGCCAGAUGAAAAAGUAUUAUGGAAACAGCCAUACCCAGACUAUACUCCACCUGCAUAUUCUGCUCCAUAUUUAAAUACAGCACCAUGGGCUGAUCCUGAUAUUUCUGACUCUAAUUUCAAACCUAAAUGGAAUGCAGAAGACAAUGGGAUUGAUCGAAGAAGCUUUGAUAAUGACUUAGUUAUUCCUUAUGAUGUUGUUGAUGGAUAUCCUCUAAAUCCUAAUGGUAGAACAGGUUUAAAAGGGAGAGGAAGAUUAGGCAGGUGGGGACCAAAUCAUGCUGGAGAUGCUAUUGUAUCCAGGUGGAAAACUAAGAAUGGCCAAAAGGAACUUUCUAGCACUGGAAAACCUGUUCUACAAUUUAUUGCAAUUCUGAGAAAAGACUGUGGACAAUGGGCUAUUCCUGGGGGAUUUGUUGACCCUAAAGAAGCUUCAUCAUCUGCAGUUUUACGAGAACUAUUUGAAGAAGCUAUAGAUAUGAAAAAGUUAUCUAAUGAGGUGCAAGAGGCCUUAAGAAGUUUUUUCAAGUGUGGAAAGCAGGUUUACAAAGGUUAUGUUGAUGAUCCCAGAAACACAGAUAAUGCAUGGAUUGAAACUACGGCUAUAAAUUUUCAUGAUGAUUCAGGAAGUAAUACAGAAAAUAUUAUAUUAGAUGCUCGUGAUGAUGCAGUUGAUGCUGCAUGGAUUGACAUUGUUCCAGAAAUGUCAAUUUAUCCUCCUCAUUAUGCUUUAAUUGAGUGCCUGAAAAAAAUUCAUGAAAGCUCUCUUUGACAUUGUUUUCUGAUAUAUCUGUGAUAAUAAGUUAUAUACUCUUUUUGUGAUUUAACAUCGCUAAUUAAUUUUUUAAAUCAUUAAAGAACUUGUUAAUUAUAAAUUCUAAACAUUCAUGCCUAUGAACAUUAUACAUUGUUACUUUUUUUAUAGAAUAUGUAUUAAAUUUGUUUAUUCCAUUGUAUUACAAAUUUGUAAAUAAAUUUUUCAUGAUACAUUUUUUAAAA